AUGUUGGAUGAUACCUUGAUUGUGGUGACGUCAGGCAAUGGUGGGGAUACUGCUCUAGAUCCAGAAACGAAUACGCCACUCCGGGGCGGUAAGUUCACUUUAUGGGAAGGCGGGGCGCGCGUCCCGGUUGUGAUCCAAGGGCGAAUGGUACGCUUCGGCGGUCGCUCGCAUAGAGACUUAUUCCACGCGGUGGAUUGGGUGCCGACGCUCCUCCACGCGGCAGGGAUACAUCCCUCAAAAUUUCGACCCUCACUGGACGGCAUCAGUCACUGGAACGCCUUCCUGGGGUCAACGAAACAGGCCUAUAGCAGGGAAGAAAUCCUGUAUAACAUUGACAACAAGAGCGCCGCAAUCAGAGUUGGUGACUACAAGCUCAUACUGGGCAACCCCGUCGAGAAAUCGUACCAGUUCUCAAUGAGUGAACUGGACAUAAACCCAAGUUGCGCCCGAUACAGAACCUCAAUAUUGGCCUCAAAGCAAGAGAAUUGUUAUUCGAAAUUUGAGAGUGAAAUGUUAUUCGACGUUGCGGAGGACCCCAGCGAAGAGACCAGUAUCCUAAAGUACCUGGGCCGAAUCGGAUUAUUGCUGGAGAAGAAACUCGAUGGGUACAUGCAGGAGGUAGUCCCGCCGCAGUCUGAGAAAUCUCACGAGAACACGGUGGACUUGAAGGAUGGGACUCUUUAUCCAGGCUGGUGUUAA